UCUUGCACAGGUGUACCGGCUCCUCCCCUUCAGUCUUGCACAGGUGUACCGGCUCCUCCCCUUCCAGUCUUGCACAGGUGUACCGGCUCCUCCCCUUCAGUCUUGCACAGGUGUACCGGCUCCUCCCCUUCAGUCUUGCACAGGUGUACCGGCUCCUCCCCUUCAGUCUUGCACAGGUGUACCGGCUCCUCCCCUUCAGUCUUGCACAGGUGUACCGGCUCCUCCCCUUCAGUCUUGCGCAGGUGUACCGGCUCCUCUCCUGGACUGCAAUGGCUUGCUCUGAUUUCACUGCACACUGUGAGCUUUUUACAAUGUGAAUUAGAAGCUGCAGCAAGUCAGACAGAGCCUGUUUUCCUCCCCAUCUGGCUGUCCUGGUCUGCCACUUUCAAUCUCUGGAUUUCAGGUCUUCCAAUUGUAGAGGCUCAGAAUCAUAUGUGGGCAUUACCUACGGUGGUCUGCAAGCAAAUACACGCUGCCUAGGAAAUCCCACCCCUCCAGACUGACAUUCAGUUAGCUUGAC